CCGCACCAAGGAACCAGGCUCGAGAACAGGAAAUCCCACCAUUCCGUGUUGGACUCGGGAGCACGGUUGUCUGGAACCGGGUAAGGAAGACUCCGCUGUGUGUUCGGGGACCGAAAACUCCCCGGAGCCGCAGUCGCCGCGGGGCGGCCUGGGAAAGUCAGCAGCGCCGUGACGGGAACCGCAGCCCGGGGCCCUGGAACCUCCCAGAGACAGAAACUGAGAGAAGACCAACAGGAAGAAUGGAUGAUUGUCCUGUAAAUCUACCCCAGGGUCUGUUGACAUUUCAGGAUGUGGCUGUGGACUUCUCCCAUGAGGAGUGGGAAUGCCUGGACUCUGCUCAGAGGGCUUUGUAUGUGGAUGUGAUGUUGGAGAAUUACAGCAAUCUAGUCUUUAUAGACAACCAUCACAUGUGUGUUGAAUAUAAGGACCUUCACCUUUGCUCAAAGCAUAAUGUCCAUAAUCACGUGAAUAGGCAAAGAAGUGAGAACACAGAAGAAGAACCCUCCAACUGUGAGGACUGUGUAAGCUGUUUAAAUUUCUGUUCCAACAUCAGUCAAAAUCAACAAAUCUAUGCUGGAAAGGAAGAACAAAAAAAUACCGAGAAUGAUAACUCUUUUGACUCUAAUCAUAAACUCACGCUGAAAAAAAUCCACAGUGGAAAGGAACCACAGCAAUGCCAGAAAUGCUUCAAGACAUACUCAAUUCUCAGUAGAUAUCAAGGUUCUCAUACAGAGGAGAAACCUUAUAAAUGUACAGAAUAUAGCAAUAUCUUUCUGCAUUUACCACAACUCAAAGUACAUAACCAUAUCCAUUAUGGAGACAAACCCUACAAUUGUAUUGAAAAUAGUAAGUGCUUUUAUAAUUCAUCAGAGUUUAAAAGAUAUUACCGAAUCCACACUGGAGAGGAAACUUUCAAAUUUGCUGAUUAUGAUAAUUGCUUCAUUUGCUGUUCAGAUCUUGAAAAACAUCAGAAAAUUCAUAGAGGAGAUAAGUCUCAUGAAUGCAAGCAGUGUAGUAAUUUUUACACAUUGCCACACCUUGAACACCAUGGUAGAAGCCACAGUGGAGAGAGACUUGACCGAUUUAAUGAAUGUGACGGAUCCCUUUCCACUGCCUCAGGUGUUAAAACAAAUCAGAGGGUUCACACAAGAGAGAAACCUUACAAAUGUACUGAGUGUGAUAAAGCAUUUAUUCAGAAAGCUAAACUUAAAGCACAUCAAAGAAUUCAUACAGGAGAGAAACCUUACAAAUGUAGGGAAUGUGGCAAAUGCUUUACCCAGCAGACACAUCUAAAAACCCAUCAGAAACUUCAUACAGGGGAGAAGAAUUACAAAUGCAGUGAAUGUGACAAAUCCUUUUCCCAGAAAGACCAUCUUAGGAGACACCUGACAAUUCAUACUGGAGAGAGGCCUUAUAAAUGCCCUGAAUGUGGGAAAGCCUUUGCCCGUACUUCAUACCUUAGAUUGCAUCAGAACAUUCAUACAGGUGUGAAACCAUACAAAUGUGUUGAAUGUGGCAAAUGCUUUACUAGUAGUUCAUCUCUUCGAUUGCAUCAGAACAUCCAUACAGGUGAGAAACCUUAUAAAUGUAGUGAAUGUGACAAAUUCUUUACCAGUAGUUCAUAUCUUAAAUUGCAUCAGAACAUCCAUAAAGGUGAGAGACCCUACAAAUGUAGUGAAUGUGGAAAAGGUUUUAUCCAGAAGCAACAGCUAAGAAGACACCUGACAAUUCAUACAGGAGAGAAGCCUUAUAAAUGUAGUGAGUGUGAGAAAUCCUUUUCAGUUGCUUCAGAUCUUAGAAACCAUCAGAAAAUUCAUGCAGAAGAGAAUCCUUACAAAUGCAGUGAGUGUAAGAAGUGCUUUAGUAGUAGUUCAUCUCUUCGACAGCAUCAGAAAUUUCAUACUGGUGAGAGACCUUACAAAUGUAAUGAAUGUGGAAAAGGUUUUAUCCAGAAGCAACAGCUAAGAAGACACCUGACAAUUCAUACAGGAGAGAAGCCUUAUAAAUGUAGUGAGUGUGAGAAAUCCUUUUCAGUUGCUUCAGAUCUUAGAAGCCAUCAGAAAAUUCAUGCAGAAGAGAAUCCUUACGAAUGCUGUGAAUGUAAGAAAUUCUUUAGCAGUAAUUCAUCUCUUCGACUGCAUAAGAGAAUCCAUACAGGUGAGAAACCAUACAAAUGCAGUGAAUGUGACAAAUCCUUUAUUCAGAAGCACCAACUUAGGAGACAUCAGACAAAUCAUACAGGAAAUAGGCCUUUUAAAUGUAGUGAAUGUGAGAAAUCCUUCAGCAGUAGUUCAUCUCUUCAAUUGCAUCAGAACAUUCAUACAGGUGAGAGACCCUACAAAUGUAGUGAAUGUGGCAAAGGCUUUAUCCAGAAACAACAGCUAAGAAGACACCUGACAGUUCAUACAGGAGAGAAACCUUAUAAAUGUAGUGAAUGUGACAAAUGCUUUUCAGUUGAUUCGGAUCUUAAAAGCCAUAAGAAAAUUCAUGCAGAAGAGAAUCCUUACAAAUGCAGUGAGUGUAAGAAAUCCUUUACCAGUUGUUCAUCUCUUCAGUUGCAUCAGAGGACUCAUACAGGUGAGAAACCUUACAAAUGCAGUGAAUGUGAGAAGUCAUUUGCCAGUGGGUCCUAUCUGAGAAUACAUAGGAAAUUUCAUACAGGAGAAAAACCUUACAAAUGUGGUGAAUGUCAGAAAUCCUUUACCACUGGCUCAUAUCUUAGAUUGCAUCAGAAAAUUCAUAGAGGUGAGAAACCUUACAAAUGUAGUGAAUGUGGCCUAUCCUUUGUCAAGAAACAACUUCUAAAGAAACAUCAGAAAAUUCAUACUCGGGAGAAACCUUAUCAAUGCAAUGAGUGUGGCAAGUGCUUUAGCCUGAAAUUCAAACUUAGAGAACACCAAAGAAUUCAUACAGGAGAGAAACCUACAAUUGUAAUGAAUGUGGCAAAUGCUUUAUAUGGAAAUGAUGACUUCGAACCCAUCAGUGAAUUCAUACAGGAGAGAAACCUUACAAAUGCAAUAAAUGUGACAGGUAUUUUACCAGUGGAUCAUAUCUUAGAGUACAUCAAAUAGUUCAUACAGAAGAGAAACCUUACAAAUGUAGUCAAUGUGAGAAAUCCUUUACUACUGACUCAUAUCUCAGAACAUUCAUAGAGGUAAGAAACCGUGCAGAUGUGUAGCAUGGGGCAAAGACUUUAUUUGACACUCACGUCUAAUAAAACAUCAACAUAAAAAAAUACAAACUGUUGAGAAACGUUGCCAAAGUAAGUAAUGUGGCAUGUGCUUUAUCCAAGAUAUAUCCUUAGGGACUACUAGAGGGGUCUUCACUAGAGAAUCAUUGUGAACACAAACUUGUGAAAGCCUUUAAGCAAUGUUCAACUCUUAGUAAAUAUCAAAAAGUUAAUACUGAAGAGAAAUUCUGAAAAUGUGACAGUGUGGAAAAAAUUCUUCAUAACAUACUUUUUUAAACUUCAAAUAUUUCAGAAUGAAUACAAAAUGGAGAAGCCUGAGUAAUAUGCUGUUAUGUAGGUAUUUCCUGUACAGUAAAGCAUUCUUUUCUGAAAGGAAGCUGAUUAAGACAGGAAAUAAACCACUCAAUAGCUUCAAGAAGUUCCUGAAUUUGACAGGGUUCACUGUGUUUAACUCCCAAAACACCAAUCAUGCUCCUUAGGUAAGGCUUAAACAAAUUGAGCCAGGAGGAUAGGUCACCCUUUAACCCGUGGGUACGUCUGCAGAUGGGCAGUGUGUUCCCGGUGUCUAGUGUUUAUAAUCUAUGUUGAAGUCUCAUGCUGGUAAUUACCUUUAAGUCCCUUUGUCCUUAUAAAUGGCUCCUUAGUAGCCAUAUUUUUCUUUGAGCCGCAAGUUCACAAAUAAUGAAUGACACAGAGACUUACUACUUUUGGAACCUCUGCCUAUACUUUAGGUUUUUUCCUAACAAGCUCUUAUAUCUUAAAUUAUCCCAUAUUUUUAGACUACAUGCUACCAUGUGGCUUUUUUUCCCCUUUCAUUCUGUAUCUCCAAGUUGUUCUGAGCCUUGUUAGCAUCUUCUCCAUAUAUCUAGAUUUAUCUCCAGUUCCUUUCUUUUCCCGGAAGUUCCACCUAUUCUUGCCUCGCUAUAGGCCAUUUAACUUCUUAUUAAACCAAUUACAAUAACACAUCUUUGCACAGUGUAUUCAGAUAUUUUGUAACAUUCCUCCAUAUCCCUGUAAUUAAACUCAUUGGUUUAACAACAUGAGUUUCAGUGGCAUCCAUAUUUGUUCCUGUUGUUAGUCCCCAUUUGGGUGGUUAGUUGCGUGUGUAUUUUACAUUUACCCAGGAAAUGACUCUCAAGAAACAUGUGCUGACCCCAUUCUUCAAAAUUGCAUGUACACCGGAAAAAUAAUAAUAGAGGAAAUAUUUGAGUCAACUAUACUAGGGAAGAUUGUUGGUGCUCACUGCUCCAAGCUUACUGCCAUAGUUGUACCUGGUCUAGUUAAUGGAGCUCAACACAGACAGAACAUAUAGAUUUAUGGAGCCUCAGAGAGGAGGCUGCUUUCUUUGUUUUCAGGGAGAAGAGAGAGCAGUUUGCAAAGGGGCAAAUGGAACUAUGUCUAUAAAACUGUCAGAGACAUAUUACAAAAUGGGCUGUGCCUAUGCAUGCCUCUAAAUGCUUAGACCCUGUGAUUCAGUUAUGCUCCAAUGAACCUUCGAACACUGGUGCCCAUGAGCAAAUAUUGAGCAUCAUUGUAUCCGUUUCCUCUUUUACCUUAUAAAUUCUAGUCUACAAGCCACCCCUAAACAAUUCAAUUUCAUCUUUUUGUUAAGGCUUUUCAGUAACAAUAAUGUUGUAGACAUGCCAGAAAAUUCAUCAUGAAAUUAAUCUCAAGAAAAUGGCUUUAGCCGGGCGGUGGUGGCGCACGCCUUUAA